CGUUCUGCGCGGGAGCGGAAAACGUGCACCCGACUGUGCGGAAAAGGAGCGCAGUGUUUUCCUGGUUAAAAUUCGUGCUACAUCAACAAUUUACUGAACCACCAACGGUAUUCAGCUUUUUAAUACCUUCAGCAUGGCUCGAGACUGGAAACCCGGUGAUCUGAUUUUCGCCAAGAUGAAGGGCUAUCCUCACUGGCCUGCAAGAAUUGAUGAAGUCCCAGACGGUGCUGUGAAGCCAUCCAACAUCAAGUUUCCCAUCUUCUUCUUUGGCACUCAUGAAACAGCAUUUCUCGGCCCAAAAGAUAUCUUUCCAUACCUGCCUAACAAAGAGAAGUACGCCAAGCCCAACAAGAGGAAAGGCUUCAACGAAGGAUUGUGGGAGAUUGAGAACAACCCAAAGGUUGAACUCACUGCACCUAAGCCGGUUCCUCCAGAAUCUUUCACUGAAAAGGAUUCAGACAGCGGUCCAGAUGGAGAGGAGGAUGCAGAUGACAAAGGGAUAAAAUCUAAAGUUCCAGGAAAUGAGGCUGAGCAGGAGAAUGAGAAUGAGGAGAAGGAGGAGGAGGAGGAGGAGGAGGAGGAGGAAGGGUCUCUGAUGUCUGAGCAGGGUCCUCAGAACCAGGAUGGCGCUGCUCAGAAAGAAUCCGCAGAUGUUCUUAAACCCAAGAGAGGAAGAAAGAAAAAGAGUGAUGCAGACCAGGAGGCGGAAAAAGAUGAUGCUCCUGCUAGUCCAGUUAGUCCUUCAGGUGGAGAAGGUCCCAAACGAAGAGGCAGGAAGCCCAAAAGUGAGAAGUUGCUUCUGCUCCAGCAACAGGACCAGCAAGGCUCAGGAAGUGAAAUGGACACUGCUGAGCCAGACAGGAAGAGAAAGAGGGCACCAGAGGACAAGUCCAAGAGUGGAGAGGAGGAGAAGAGAAAGAAGAAGGAGGACAGCAAAGGAAAGGAUGCAGAAGUGAAGGAGCCUGAAGCUAAGAAGAAGAAGCAGUCCAAGGAUGACAGCUCCUCUGGCUCUGACGAUGAUGAGAAAAAUAAAGGCAGAAAGAAACAGCAAACCUCAGAAACCGACAAAGAUGUGCGGCGGCGGAAAGCAGAUGAAUUAAGAGAGCCAAACAAAGAUGAUGGGAAGAAAAAUGAAGAGAGGGCAGGAGUUAAGAAAAAAGAAAUGUCAACUGACUUGAAACUCCAGAGACUGCACAGUGAAAUUAAGAUUUCACUGAAAAUUGACAACCCUGAUGUGAAGAAGUGCUUGGAAGCAUUAGAUGAGAUAGGCGCUCUUCAGGUCACAACCCAGCACCUGCAGAAACACAGUGAACUCAUUGCCACGCUCAAAAAGAUUCGCAGAUUCAAGGCCAGCCAGGACAUCAUGGAUAAGGCCACCAUGUUGUAUAACAAGUUUAAGAGUAUGUUUCUGGUUGGAGAAGGCGACUGCGUGCUCAGCCAGGUGCUCAACAAGUCUUUAGCCGAACAACGGCUGCACGAAGAAGCCAAGAAAGGAGCACUGAAGAGAGUUGAACAAGCCAAGGAAAACUCAGACAAGAUGACGAAUGGUGAUAUCUGCCCUGAAGACAAGAAGCAAGAGGCGGAGAGAGAGAAGCUGCUAGAAGACGCCUCAGCGGGAGAAAAUGACAGUGCCCCAAAGGCUCUGGAAGAGUCCACUUGAGUGUCCUACGUGCCUGAAGAAAAGAGAGGACAUUUGCUGCUGUACUCCUGUGUCCAAACUGGGCUCACCAACAGGGAUUUCUUGUCCAUUUCCCUUUGAUGACUGAUAACGUUCACUGGUUUCCAGUUUUCGUCAGUUUUGCUGCUCAAAGGCUUCAGUGCUUUGAACCCCUCCAACGCUGAUAAUGACUGACUGCAUAGUUUAUUUUUGUACUUUGUGUAAUCUUUACCUUUCAGACACCUUUUCUGACAUAAAUUGUCACAUAUGUUGAGUUUGAUUAACAGUUUAAAAAAAAACUUGUAGAUCUGCAGUAUUGUGAAUCACAGAGAGUGGGUUAGCACCAUUUGGUCCUAUUUUUCAAUUGGAGUAGAUGGUUUCGGUUGUACUCUUUGUGUUUUCUUUUGCAUUUAAACUUUGCUUUUGACAUUUACAUAAUCAACCGUUUGAUCUUAACUUCUCUUACAGAUGAUUUGAAGUACAGAGGCAUAGCUGUAGUUAGAAACACCAUUAAAAUGUCUUACAAUAUUGGCUGCAUUAGCAUUUCGUAGAUGCACAUUCACUUCAGAUGCACACACAGAAAAUUGCUUUUGUUUGCCAAAGUUUCUUUUUGCCAAGAAAAUGCUUUAUUUGCAACCAUGUUCAAGUGUCUGUUUUAAAGUUGUUUUUUGUUUUAACAUAGAUGUAAAUAAGAGUAUUUUUGUGCCUGUCUGAUGACCUGUUUCAGCACUCCAUAAUAAAGUAGUACAUAUAGUA